AUGCGCUACGCGAGGUUUUCCUCAAGAACUGGGGAAGUGUGGAGCGAUGGUUUGACCUGUCGCAUUUGCAGAGAGUUUCCUAGAUUUGGGUCGGCAAUCAGGCGUGUAUGUGUCCAUGGCUUCUAUACCGCUGAGACGGUCUCACUCGUCUACGAAACACUAAAAGAAUGCGACAACCUGACUUCGUUGUCGUGUCCAUGGACGACUAUCCGCUACUUGAUCCAUGAUUCGUGGCAAGUGUUGCCAACAGGUCGCAGAGUGCGACUGGAAUCCCUGGAGUUGCAAUGUGUCGAGCCCACGACCCAACAACUGGCCGAUCCAACAAACUGGAUUGACCUCAAUCUCCUGUUUUCAGUAGACUUUGGUUACCUGCAUCGCCUGAAGAUCUUCGGCAACACGACCUUUAUGCCUGUCACAGACAGCGAUGUCGCCGGGAUCGCCAGCACUGCUACAAGGCUCAAAGAGUUUCAUCUGACCUGUAAUUCCUCUGCCACCAUAGACAGCGUGGUGGCAAUGGCCGAGGCAGCUCCCGCAACGCUUCGUAUCAUAGAGCACAGCCUUCGAUCGCAGGAUGGAUUUUGGCAUUCACAUCCUGGCUCUCCCAAUAGCAGCGGCCAGCACUACUGUGCGGUGUUUCGAAAACUCUCUCGAUCGCAAACUCUAUCCGUGUCGCUGCCGUCAAUCUGUGCCGAUUUCUUCACUAGCGGGUUUUGCGAGAUUUCUGGUAUUCUCCAAGUGCGUGCAGUCCACAUUUGCGAGCAUGCAAACAGCCGCUGGACGUUGAACACCAUGGAAGCUCUUCGAGUGCUGCUUGAUCGAGCUCGUCUCUUGAUAAAGCAUUGUUCCUGCUAUAAAAGGCAGGAUAGUCUCUAUAUAGAAUUCUUCUUCGCUGGCUAUAUAUUUGAGCCCGGGCUUCACAAGGUGCUUGGCGAUUUUUCUAGGCUGCAGAAGCUCUCCAAAGACAGUUGGUCUCCCGCUACGGUCUUCAGCAGCAAAGGGCCCUAUGGUAGCACUGGUUUAUACGACGGGAACGAAGGGGUCUCUUUUGAACGGAUCGAAGAAGAAGAUUUCGUACCCGCGGACCGGUGGCUAUACGUAUUGUAG